AUGUCUGCUCCUCGACUCAGGCCACCCUUCCGUGUUGAACACACUGGUUCCUUCAAGCGGCCCGCUGAUCUUAUACGGCAGCACGAGUUGUUCAACCAGGGCAAAUCCACGCUAGAGGAACUGCGCUCUGUCGAAGACCAUGCCAUAGAGGAGGCUAUACAAAUUCAACGAGCCGUAGGUAUCAAGGCCAUCAAUGACGGCGAACUCAGAAGGUAUCACUUCUUUGAGGGUCUAUUUGAUAAACUGGAGGGCAUGAAAUACUUUCCGAAUGUGCCGUCUGAAUGGUUUGUGGAUGGAGUUCCUACUGCAGUGGUGUUCAGAGGUGAGAAUCACCGAGCCCCGCCGACGUAUCUCUGCGUGUCCAAGCUGAGGCGCGUCAAGCCAUGCUACCUUGACGAGUUUGAGGCACUCAAGAAGAUGACGACCCCAGAGGAGCACAAGUACUUGAAGAUCACUAUGCCGUCUCCGGAAUUUUACCAUCUGCGCUACGGGAUGUUCGCAUUUCCCAAGUCGGUGUACCAGAAUGACGAGGAGUACUUCGCGGACCUCAUCGAAAUCUACCGAGCUGAAUUGGGUGACCUCUAUGCUGCCGGCUGCAGAAACGUCCAGAUUGACUUCCCUCAGAUCUCGUUCCUCUGCAACGAGAAAGCUCUGACUGCGAUGGAGAAGCGCGGCAUAGACCAUGUCGCGCUAACCGAUUUGUACUUGAAGGUAAUGGGUGCGUGCAUCGAGGGACGCCCUGAUGACAUGACCGUUGGCAUACAUGUGUGCAGGGGCAAUUGGCAUCACAACGUAGAGCCUUGGAGUGAAGGAGGAUACGACCGUAUAGCCGAGAAGCUGUUUUCUGAGAUCCCCGCGGAUACAUAUUACAUCGAAUAUGAUAACGAGCGUUCUGGGUCAUUCGAGCCGCUGCGCUGGCUUCCGCGCAACAAGUCCGUCGUGCUAGGGAUUGUGACCACUAAGUCUACCGAGCUGGAAUCCAAAGAAGAACUUAUCCGCCGGGUUCAUGAGGCGGCUGCGAUAAUCGCAAGUGGAGAGGAAAAACGCUCCAUGGAUGAAGCUCUGAAUCAGAUUUGUAUCAGCCCUCAAUGCGGCUUUGGAUCGUUUUCGGAGGGAUUUUCGUUCAUGACUGAGGAAGACGUUGCCAAGAAGCUCAAGCUCGUGGUGGAGACAGCCAAGGAAAUAUGGCCUGAUAUGUGA